AUGUAUCAAAACGGCCCGGGUAUUGUUGUCUCUGUCGACCUCGGCACCACAUAUACGGGCGUGGCAUGGAUGACGCCCAAGACCCCCAUCCAAGUGAUCAGCGACUGGCCCGGCAGCGGCGAUCGAGGUGAACGCAAGGUGCCAACAACGCUGGUCUACAAUGCCAACGGCACUCUCUCGUCAUGGGGUUUCAUGUGUGCCGACGACGAGCUUGAAGCCGGAGUUCAAGGCGGUGGGAAGAUUCGUCGGGAAUUCUUCAAGAUCUUCAUGGACGCGGAUACACUGGCAGACGCGCAGCAGCAAGGCCUCACCAGCGCACCGCAGAGCAUCGCCGAAGCGCAGCAGUUCGUGACUGACUUUCUCCGGCAGGUCUAUGCCCACGUCAAAGAGUCCAUCGAAACGCAGAUUGGACGACGCGGAGUAGGCAGCGGCUGGACAGACCUGGUUGUCGAGUUCCUCUUUAGCGUUCCUACCACCUGGACGAGUCAAAGUAUCGUCAACUCGUUCAAGAAGGUGAUCAGAGAGGCAGGUUUUGGCAUCGAAGGUCCGAAGCACUCUGCGCAGGUUGAUCUGACCGAAGCCGAGGCGGCGGCUGUGGCCACGCUCAAAACGAGUGCCGUUAGCUUUAGCAUGGGGAGCGUCUUUCUCACUGUCGAUGCCGGAGGUGGAACGACGGACUUGGCCCUGAUGCAAGUCACAUCCUCGAAUGUGGCAGUUCCACAGAUGGCUUCAUUGCACGCCGUCAACGGCGUAGGGAUAGGCGCAACACUGAUCGAUCGGCUAUUUAUGCGCUUGGUAUCACAGAGGCUGGAUGCCUGUCCGGAUGCUGCGGCGCAUAUACCUCCUGGUUUGCCUUUGCGGCUGGCGAGGAGCCACCAGUUCCGGACAGUGAAGCACAAGUUUGGAGAAAGAGCGUAUAUGCAGGCGCUGUUUAGGAUUCCGAUAGAAGGAUUGGCGUAUAACUUUAGCCACGCUGGGCUGGGGAUCGAGAACGGAAAGAUGGUGUUCACUCUUCAAGAAAUACAAUCACUGUUUGACCCACAAAUUGAGGGUAUCGUGAACAGAAUCAUGGGCGAGCUGGAAUGGCUCAGAACCAUGGGACACUUGCACCAGGUGCAAUACAUGGUUCUUUCAGGCGGACUGGGCAGCUCAGCCUACGUCCGUGAUCAGCUCCAGCAGCGAGUUCUCGCCCACCAACAUCCCAACGCGAGCGACCAAGUGGCAGUCAUCCCUUGCAGUGACCCUCAGUUGGUGGUGGGGGGAGCCACCUCGGUGUUGUCAAUCCGCAUUGCUCGAGCAAGUUACGGGGUUAUCGUCCAGGAGAUAUACGUGCCCACCAUGCAUACCAACGAAGACGUCCGCCCCGACCCAUUUGAGCCGAGCAAGAAAUGGGCUGUGAACCAAAUUCAGUGGCUCAUCAAAAAGGGUGAUCAAGUAAACCCCAACACGUUUUUGGUAAAGUCUUUUCAGAUCCGGCUUGCCGCAACAGAGACGACAAGGGCUUGGGACUCUCAAAUCGUCAUUUCCCACAAGGAUCCUGUACAGUUACCGACUAGCAUGAAGCAAGAUGGAGCAUAUAGGCUUUGCGAAGUGAAAAGCAAUCUGGAGGGAAUCGAGCAAGAUCAGCUUGUCAAAAUCAACAAGAGAGGAACUUGCUGGUCCCGUGGGGUCACCUUCUACAUCUGUCAAUUCGAUGUCAGGGUAAUUGUGGCGCCGGCUGAUUUGAGGUUCGAAUUGUGGUUUGGAGGCCAGAAGUUCUCCGGUAAUCAUGAGCCUAUAUCUGUCGACUGGGACAGUGAAGGGUCCAAGGUGAAAGGGAUGUGA